CAGCAACCAGCAACAGCCAUAAGUCACAAGUCGAAAUGUUAUGUUUCGUUAUCAGUUUUUUAAAACUUUAGCUAGCACUAGUAUUUGUUAUUCUGCUAAUUAACCAAACAAAUUUUCCAAAGAUUUUUUUGUGACAACACGAUUAAGACCUGUAAAAGUGCAAUAAUUAAGUUGGGUACUGUAGCCUACUGUGUACACACAGUGAACCAAGUUAUUGAUAAUGGAGGAAGAAUUAGGAGGUCCUAUGUUGUCAACUCGUCAUUUCAUGGAUGUUUCCUGUAAUAUGUCAGAUUUAUCCGUCGGUGCAAGUUCCAUAUCGAGGGGUGAAAUAGAGACCACAACUGAUGCUAAUGAUGUUUUGCAAAAUGGAAUAAUUAUUGAAACGAGCAAAGGGCUUGAGUGGCUGUCAUUAACGGAUGCCCUGACUUCAGGAGUCGGUGGUUUGAACUUAUCAGUUGAAGAUUUCCACAACGUAGCUGCACAGUUACUGCAUUCCCGAACAACAGCUGUUAGGAAAAAUGUUCCAAGCUCAACACUGAAUUUAUCCAAUUUGGAGAAGAAUGUGUUAAUGUCUGCAGAUAACCUUAAAUCUAUUCAGUGUUUUAGUCGAAUUAACAGUAAAUUGGAAAGUAUCUCUGAAGCUGGGGAAAAUUUAGAGGAAGCAAAAGUAGAAGUUUUCAAACCUGCAUCAAUUUCUAAAGGAUUGAAUGUUUUACCAAAUGAUAAAAACUUGCUUAAAAAGAAGAUAAAAAUAUUGUCAUCAUCAGACUCGUCUCUUACAGUUUCUGAAAGUACCGGCACCAACAGUGACUCAUCUGUACAUUCAGCUCCACCUAUCCAACAGGUAAAGAGGAAAGGGGGUUGGCCCAAAGGCAGGAAGCGCAAGCCUGAGCUUGCUAACAGACCUCCCAAAGCCCCUUGCACUGGAUAUGUAUAUUAUUUAAAUGAAAAAAGAAAACUUCCUGAGUUUAGAAAACUACCAUUUCCAGAGGUUACAAAAAUCUUGGGCAAUGAAUGGAGCAAUUUAAGUUUAGAAAACAAAAAAGAAUAUCUAGAAAAGGCAGAAGUUGACAAAAAACGCUACCGAGAAGAAUUAAAAGUUUAUCGAAACUCUGAAACGUACAAGUCAUAUUUGAAGAGAAGGCGCAUAAAAAGUUGCAAAACCAAUGGUACUGAAGAAUCAGAUGUGACUGAUGCCACGGAUGAAAUCGAUGAUGAGGACAAUGAGGAGCUGUAUUGUAGGUCCUGUGACCAAUGGUUCACAACUCUUCACAACAAGAAGGAACACCUUUAUGGCAAACAACACUUUCAGGCGAUAUCUCAAAAUGCAAGCAACUCUUUCUCAUUAGACGAGUCCAGCUUGGAUGGAACAUCUCAUAAAAAGUCAAGGGCUGCAGCCAACCCAGAUCUUCCAUCCAUCCCAGAUGCAAUGGCACACUUUUUCUCCAAUGUCGCAGAACGUGAGAGAGAAAUAAGAAUACUUCGAGAGAGAGAAAAGUCGUUGGUUGCAAGGAAUAUGAAAAUUUCCAAGGGUCUUCAAGAACUGAAACAGGCUCAAGUAAAGCUACAAAACAUCUCCUCUCGGCUUAAAGCCGAACACGAGUCAAUUGAAAGAGCGAUCUGUGAUCUGUUAGAAGUACCAGCUCUGUUCUCAGUAGAGGUGUGCGAGUCUUAGAUAUUUCAUCAAGGAUAUGUAUAUUAUAGCCAAGCACAAGUCAAAUUUAUGAAAAAGCUCGAGCCUCAAGUUAUUUCCUGUUAUAAAUUGUGCAAAUUGCCAUUUGAUAAGUUAAUUAGUCAAACACCUGUUUAAAAGCAAUCUAUGUUAUGAUGCAGGGUUAAAUAUAACCUAAUUAUGUGUUAGUGGAUGAAUCGAGGAGCUAAGUUCAUAAUAGUCAUUUAAUUAUAUUUUUUUCUAAAGGAAAUGUUGUCGGUGCAGUCAUGGGUAAAUAAUACAAGUAAAUAAUAAACAACUGUUAUAACAAGUUAAUUAUACUACAUUAAUUAAUUUAGCAUUUUGAUUAAUUUUUUUAUUUUAGUGAGUUUGAUAAUACUGCUACCUAAUUAGUUUAAAAGUUAUCAUUUGAAAGAUAUGUAGCCUAAAGCCUAUAGGUAAAUAUUUUAAGAUCAAAAUAAGAUAGUUACAAAUUAUUUAAUUUAUUUUUUAGAGGAAUGUAUUUAUUUUCAUAAAAAUAUAAAGGCUAGCACUUCUUUUUACCUUCAACAACGGCUAAAUUAUUUACGUAGGAAGUUAAUGUUUACGAAUCUUAAUUUUCUGAUUAUUUCAGAACAAUCUGAAAGUUAAAGCUUGUACGAGUUUAAAAGCAUGGUCACUGAAGCCAAUUUAAAUUUGUCGAUUGGAUAUAUUUCCAUAAACAAGUCAUAUAUUCCCCAUUCAAAUUACAUUAGCUUUUCGUAGUUAGCAAGAUACCAAAGUAUAAUUCAGUCAGAAUGGCCAAUUCUGACAAAUGAUUGACACUAGGGGUGUGCUGAAUAUUCGCACAUCAAACUUUUUUGAGUCGAAUAUCGGAAUCUCUCACAUAGGCAACUAAGAUCUACACAUCUUGGCUGAUAUUUCUCUUCCUGAGAUAAUAUGAAGCCUAGCCACAGGGACUGUACUGUAAUAGAGAAGAAUGUAGAAGGUUUACGUAGUUUGUAUCAGACCGACAUUUUGCCUCCAUUCCUGGAGUCAGGUAUUACUGAUAUGAAUGUGAUUUGAAGUUUUUAAACCCAUUUAGCUAUUGUUAAGUUGUGACUUAGAAAAACACUGGUUGCCUUAUUAGUGUAUAGGAUUAUUGGGACAAGCUGAGUGGGAUUGCUGUUCAAACUCCACAAAAUACCACUAAUAAUACUAAACAAUUUGUUUUUAAUUUUAAAAAUUUGUGUUGACUGAAUGUUUACCUGUUUUUUGGUAAAUUUUACUGUUGGCUGGUUGUUUAAACGUUUACAAAUUAUUGUUUUUUAGUUGUAAAGUUUUCAAUGAAUAAACAAAAACUAGAUAUAGUCUGUUCACAAAAUUUAGGCUAUUGGAGGGAAAGAUUACCUUUGUUCCCUUAACACGUUUUUCCUAAUGUAUGUCACAGCUGAUUGACAGUUUGAGCUUACUAACAGCUGUCCAGCUGUCGUUUCCAAUGUUGGGUAAGGUGAAGGGGAUAGAAUUGGCCUAAAUUUUGUAAACAUAACCAAUAUACAUCUCCAGUCAUCAGAAACAUACCUAAAAAUUUGACCUCAGCUGGUUUUAGCGAAUUUCCCUAUAGGGAAGUAGCUAUUACCGUAGGUGGCACGGUAAGACCUAGACCCGGGACCGAAUUACUUUUUCAUUUUGAUGUCCCCAGAGGCCAAAAACACCAUUCGUUCAAAUUUUUA